UCUGCUUAAAAAAAAAAAAAGUUAAUUAAACAUUACCAACAAAGUGUAGCUCCGCUGCACUUUUUUUUUCUUUAAAGGGUUUCAUCUCCGACCAGCAAAAUUUCACCCAAAAGCAGACAACAGGAGCGUCCUGCGCUGACGCGGCUGGUCGGCAGGAAGCGGCUGGUUGCGGCGGGGAGUCCUCGGGGUCGUUAUGGUUCUGGUUCUGGUCAUCCUCAUCCCAGUUCUGGUCAACUCGGCGGGCACGGCGGCGCACUACGAGAUGCUGGGUACCUGCAGGAUGGUGUGCGACCCGUACGGCACCAAGUCCCCCACCAGCACCGCGUCGGCGGACCCGGUGCGCGACAACAGCCUGGUGCAGUCUCUACCCACGUUCAUCCAAGGACCGAAAGGGGAGCCGGGUCGCCCGGGGAAGGCGGGUCCGAGGGGACCCCCCGGUGAGCCGGGGCCGCCUGGUCCAGCGGGGCCACCUGGGGAUAAAGGAGAACCGGGCAGACCUGGUUUACCGGGACCUCCCGGUCCCAACGCGGCCGCCGGAGCGAUCAGCGCGGCCACGUACAGCACCGUGCCCAAGAUCGCUUUUUACGCGGGGCUGAAAAAGCAGCACGAGGGCUACGAGGUGCUCAAGUUUGACGACGUGGUGACGAACCUGGGGAACCACUACGACCCCACCACUGGGAAGUUCACUUGCUCCAUCCCAGGGAUUUAUUUCUUCACUUACCACGUCCUGAUGCGCGGAGGGGACGGCACCAGCAUGUGGGCAGACCUCUGCAAGAACAACCAGGUGCGUGCCAGUGCCAUCGCCCAGGACGCAGACCAAAACUAUGACUAUGCCAGUAACAGCGCUGUGCUGCACCUGGAGCCAGGAGACGAGGUCUACAUUAAACUAGACGGAGGCAAAGCUCACGGAGGCAACAACAACAAGUACAGCACCUUCUCUGGAUUCAUCAUCUACGCUGACUAGACAGCAGCACAUCUGUGACCUCAGCUAUUACAGGCCUCUUGGCCCAGUCUCUCUACAAAUCUUCCCUCUACCAAUAAGAUGCUCAGACUUGUAAACAUGUGUGGACAAACCAAUAUAAAUCGGUCUUCAUAACCUGCAUCUAUAAGUUUGUUUUCUACAUUCUGUCAACAUCGAUGUCCUCAGUGCAAGUGACUUUGGACAAUAACGUUAAUGAAAUGGUUGAAUAUUCUCUCUUUUUUACCAUUACGCUGAUGUCUAUGUGUUGAUGUAGUUCUGUCACAGAGUCACAGAGGUAAAGGGCAGAGCGAGGAGUUUGUUUGUGCAUGCAUUGGAGUGUAUGGGCAGAAAUGUAACACCAGUAAGCUGUAGC